UCAUGCCUUGACUAGACCUUUGAGUAACCUGAGCCUUUCCCCUAUAUAAAGGUCAUGUUAUACGGAUUCACAAGCAACAAGAGUCUUUCCAUAUUCCAACUCUCAAAAGAAAUUUCAAACUUUGGUAUUCCUUCCAGGGUCUCAUAUUUCAAUCUUCGAACAUUUUGCAACAUGGGUUUUCGUUUGCCUAGAAUUGUUACUGCUAAGCAAAGUCUUCAACGGUCUUCAUCAACAGGAAAUGGAGCAUCUCCAAAAGCUGUUGAUGUUCCAAAAGGCUAUUUUACAGUUUAUGUUGGUGAGGAACAAAAGAAGCGUUUUGUCAUUCCACUAUCUUACUUGAACCAACCUUCUUUUCAAGAUUUGUUGAGUCAAGCAGAAGAAGAAUUUGGAUAUAAUCAUCCAAUGGGUGGCAUCACAAUUCCUUGCCGUGAAGAUGAGUUCCUCGAUCUCACUCGGAGUUUGAAUGAUUCAUGAAGUAGAGAUUAACAUCUAGAAAUAGAUGGAAAAUGAAUUAGAAUGUAGAAACAAUAUAAAAUGAGGGAACUUGAUUUGUUGAAAUUGUUGUAUAUUGUUCACGAAUCACAAUUCUUUUGUUUAUUGAAACUAGAUGAUAUUCAUGAAUGAAAACUCAUUCUUCA